CAAGAUGGCCGGUGUUAAAGAAUGCGAGCACAACUAAAUAACUGUUAGAAGCUCACUUAAAUGGCCGUUUUCUUGCGAUCUUAAGACUGUUUUUUUUUCAAUUCCGCGUCCGGUGAGUGUAAAAAGUGCACAGGUUACAGUUGCAGAAAAAACUUCUGCAACUAGUGGUACUAUAGUGGAAAAUUGGGUGCUAAAGGCACGUUCUACUGCGGAAUGUGAUGUUUUUUUCUCGAAAGAGUUCAUCGGAGGUUAAGGUUAAAAGUACAUAUUUGUGACAGCAGGCCAAAGGAAAUUAAGGCAAACAGUAGCUGUUUAGUGCAAAAAGCGCGACUGUGGCAAAGCAUUGUACACUUUGUUCUUUGUUCGAGAUCGUUAAGUUUAACUUUAUCGGUGCGGUUUUAAUAUUUAUUGACUAUUUAAAAUAGGACUUUUAAAGAAAUGCCUCGGUAUGAUUAAGGUCAAAUGUGUGAUUAGCGAGUCGCUGUUUUCUAAAUAUAAAUGAUUUUGUGGUAAAUAGUGCCACAAGCUGGAUAUUAUGCUAAAACUAAGAGAUCUUCUGGCUUCUAUUGUAGUAAUAAAAUGUCUCAUCGUGAUUUUACAGAGGUGGAACCUGAAGGGACUCCAGAACUUCCAGCGGCCAGCAGAUCGUUGUUUUUGGAAAAGGUUAGACAGUCAAACGCGGCAUGCCAAAAUGGAGAUUUUGCUACAGCAGUUGCUCUCUAUACGGACGCACUACAAUUGGAUCCGACCAAUCACAUACUUUACAGCAAUCGGUCUGCCGCCCGGGUGAAGCAAGGCCUUUUUUCUCAAGCCCUUCAAGAUGCCAUUACUGCAAGGGACUUGUGCCCAUCAUGGCCUAAGGCAUACUAUAGGCAAGGUGUAGCGCUCCAAUGCCUAGGACGUCACGGAGAGGCCCUGGCAGCUUUUAGUCAAGGAUUGGGUCAGGAUCCUUCCUCGCAGCAACUUUUAGGUAGCCUCAUUGAAGCCUCGGUGAAGUCACCACUUAGGCAUAACCUAGAACCGACAUUUCAGCAAUUAGAGAAUAUGAAACUGAACCAAAGUCCUUUUGUGUUAAUUUCUGUUGUCGGACAGGAACUUUUAGCAGCUGGUUUGUAUCACUCGGCAGUUUCGGUUUUAGAGUCGGCACUUAGAAUAGGAUCGUGUUCCCUUAAAUUAAGAGGUUCUGUGUUUAGCGCUUUAAGUUCCGCGCAUUGGGCGUUAAAUCAGCUGGAUAAAGCCAUAGGGUAUAUGCAACAAGAUCUUGCCAUAGCAAAAAGUCUGGGAGAUACAGCAGGAGAGUGUCGAGCACACGGUAAUUUGGGCUCCGCGUACUUUAGUCAAGGUUCCUUUAAAGAAGCUUUAACAGCUCAUAGAUAUCAGUUAGUCCUAGCCAUGAAGUGCAAGGAUACACAAGCGGCCGCGACAGCUCUAACUUCUUUAGGGCACGUAUACACAGCCAUAUGUGAUUUUCCUAAUGCGCUUGCUUCUCAUAAGCAGUGCGUCCAACUAGUAAAACAAAUGGGCGAUAGAUUACAAGAAGCUAGGGAAAUUGGUAAUGUCGGUGCCGUUUAUAUGGCCAUGGGUGAUUUUGAUAGUGCGGUCGACUGCCAUACGCAACAUUUAAGAAUAGCCAGAAGAUUGAAUAACCAGGUGAAGAGAUUUAACGAUAGAGUCAAAGCAAUUGUUAUUUCAAUUUCCUUGCAGGUUGAGGAAGCAAGAGCUUACAGCAAUCUGGGAUCUUGCCAUCAUUAUAAAAGAAACUUUACUCAAGCAGUGAUAUUUCAUGAAAAAGUACUGAGGCUAGCUCAAUCUAUAGGAGAUAAGUCGGUAGAAGCUAGAGCCUAUGCAGGUUUAGGUCAUGCCUCCAGAUGCGCUGGAGAUUACAUUCAGGCAAAACAAUGGCAUGAGAGACAGUUAGAUGUAGCUUUGGCUACAAGAGACAAAAUUGGGGAAGGUAGAGCUUGUAGCAACUUAGGAAUCGUUUAUCAAUUAUUAGGUGAAUUUGAUGCUGCCCUAAAACUCCACCAAGCCCACCUGUCGAUAGCCCGAAAUUUACAAGAUAGAGCAGGAAUGGGUAGAGCAUACGGUAAUAUUGGAAACGCGUAUUCUGCUGCUGGGUUUUAUGAUUCAGCAAUUAAGUACCAUAAACAGGAACUGACUAUUAGCAAAGAAGUUCAUGAUCGAAGUUCAGAAGCAAGUACUCAUGGAAAUUUGGCUGUUGCUUACCAGGCUCUAGGAGCGCACGAUAUGGCAUUAUUACAUUACCGAGCCCAUUUGGGAAUCGCGAGAGAACUAAAAGAUACUGCCGGAGAAGCAUGUGCCCUUUUAAAUUUAGCAAACUGUUUGAGUUCGAGAAAGGAAUUUGCCGAAGCCAUACCUUACUACGAGCAAUAUCUGAUGCUUUCCCAAGAGUUAUCUGAUGUAGAAGGUGAAGCGAAGGCUUGUCAUUUCCUAGGUUAUGCACACUACUGUAUAGGAAACUACAGAGAAGCUGUAAGAUAUUACGACCAAGAUUUAGCUUUAGCAAAGGAUUUAAAAGACAAAAUGAAUAUGGGACGAGCGUACUGUAAUCUAGGCUUAGCUCACCUCGCGCUUGGCCAAUUAGAUACGUCAUUAGAGUGCCAGAAGUAUUUCUUAGCUAUUGCCCAUAUGACUAAUAACUCUGCAGGCAAAUUUAGAGCAUUAGGUAAUAUAGGAGAUGUCUUAAUAAAACUAGGAGAAACCGCAGAGGCAGUGAAAAUGUUCCAUAGGCAACUAGCUUUAGCUAGAGGUAACAGGGAUCGUGCAAUGGAAGCUGCCGCAUGCGGUGCGCUAGGGACUGCUCAUAGGCUUUUGAAACGUUUGGAUAAAGCUCUAGGCUACCACACCCAAGAACUAACGUUGCAACAAGAACUGUCGGAAUUAUCUGGUGAGUGCAGGGCACAUGGGCAUCUUGGAGCAGUUCAUAUGGCCUUGGGAAAUUAUACACAUGCAGUUAAGUGCUACCAGGAACAACUUAGACGGGCCCAGGAUCUUAAGGAUUGUGCAGUAGAGGCACAGGCCUAUGGAAAUUUAGGAAUUGCUAGAUUAAACAUGGGUUAUUACGAAGAUGCUAUAGGGUUUUUCGAGCAACAGAUGGCAACCCUGGAACGAUUAUCAACGUGCACUGCGCAGAUGGAUAAAGGCAGAGCAUUUGGUAAUCUUGGAGAUUGCUACGAUGCCUUAGGUGAUCCAGAAGAAGCAGUAAAAUGUCAUGAGCAAUAUUUAAGUAUAGCAAUGAAACUGAAGAAUUCUAGAGAUCAGGAGAGGGCCUAUAGAAGUUUAGGACAAUCUCAUAGGUCAUUAGGUAACCUGCAACAAGCAUUAGUAUGUUUGGAGAAACGUCUCGUAGUUAGCCACGAACUGGGUAGUUCGGAAGCUAAAGCAGCUGCAUAUGGUGAGUUAGGCCAGCUACAUGCUACAUUGGGUAAUCUGGAACAAGCAGUAUCUUGUUUGGAACAUCAGAAAAAUAUAGCUAGAGAUUUAAAUGACAAGAUAAUGGAAUCAGAAUCUCUUUGCGGUUUGGGAAACGUUUAUCAUCAAAUGGGAGAUUAUACAAUGGCUCUAAAGUAUCAUCAAAAUGACUUGGAAAUAGCCGAACAACUUGAUAUGCCUAAUUUACAAAGUAGAGCGUGUGGAAAUAUUGGUAACGUAUACGAAGCCCUUGGAAACCUAGAUCAAGCAGUCAGGUAUCAGGAACAACACCUCUCUAUAGCGAUGAGUACCAACGAUCAAAUCGCAAAAACUCUAGCCUAUAGCUCUCUAGGUAGAGUCCAUCAGUUAUUCGGAAAUCGCUCUCAAGCUAUAAAUUAUCUGACCCAAGGGCUAUGUAUUGCUGAGGCACUGGGAAGACGUGAUGAAGAGGCAAAAAUCAGGAAUAGAUUGGGCUUAGCUCUGUAUGCUAACGGUGACUUGGACGGUGCUCAGAAGCAAUUAGAGUCUGCUAGUCAAUUAUUAGAAAAUAUUAGAAGAGAAACAAGGAGUAGCUCUGAGUAUAAACUUUCUUUAUUCGAAUUGCAGUCAUCAACUUAUCAAGUGCUGCAAAAGAUCUUAGUUGGUCUCAAUAGAACAGACGAGGCUCUAGUGAUAGCAGAACGUGGACGAAACCGGGCAUUUGUAGAUCUGCUUUUAGAACGUCAGGGUGUAAGUGACUCCAAAAAGAAUAAAAACAUAAAAAGUGAUUUGCUGGGAUUCAGUACGGUGGAUAAUCUAAAGGAUAUUGUGAAUAGGCAACGAGCUGCUGCUUUGUAUUAUAGUAUUGUCGCAGGAUAUUUAUAUGCUUGGCUUAUAUUACCUACUAAAGGCGUUGUAAAAUUCCACUCUGCACCACUUAUGGAAACUCAAGAAACCGACAAUAAUGACAACACGGAUCCGAUUCCUUCCGGAGCAGGACUUAUUGAAAAGCUCGUUAAUUCUGUUAGGGAUAGUCUCGGUUUGGAGUUGAGUCCUUGUACUACUAUUACCGAGGAUCAGUAUAUGGAUGACACGUUAUCAGAAAGAACCGGUUUUCUUCGGAUGGUGAAUAGACAUCAUUUAAUGAAUUCAAGUAACUACUCUUUGAGCUCGCUUUUCUCGUUGGGAAGCGUUGGAGGAUCGAUUGCCUCCCUUCAAGGGAGCACUCGGUCUAGCAAUAGCGCGCAGGGCUCCACCAGAAUUACGAAAAGACAAACAUGGAAAGGGCCUAGUUGCUUACACGCCUUGUAUACGCUACUUCUGCAACCUUUUGAAGACUAUUUGCCAUCCAAAUCGAAUUCCAAAAAUGGUUCCAAUAAAAGAGAGCUCAUCCUGGUACUCGAAGGCGAUCUAUACUUAGUACCAUUCCCAGUGCUUAGGUCAUCCAAUGAAAAUUCCGAAUAUCUCUGCGAAAGAUUCUCGCUUCUAGUCGUGCCUAAUUUAUUAUCUUUGAAGUCUGGACGUACAAGGAAACAAGAUACAGAUCAAGCCGUAAGAAGCUUAAUAGUAGGUAACCCCAAGUUACCGUUAGCGGUAACCGAUCACUACGGUUGGAAAGAUAUACCCCAAGCGGAGCAAGAAGCUACUAUGGUAGCUGAACUUCUACAGACUCAAGUAUUAUUAGGAAAUAGUGCGACUAAAGAGCAAAUAAUAAGCCAAAUACAGGACGCCGAGUGCAUUCAUUUUGCUACUCAUGUCAGUUGGAAGUUGUCCAGUUUAGUUUUAAGUCCGGCGGAAGUCUUAGAACAAACUCCAUCAAAACGCCUUUAUAUAACAGACGCUCUAGAAGAAGAUGAGCAUACCGAUGUAUCUAUAGCGGCUGAACUACCUCCUUUGAGCGAAUUUCUGUUAAGUGCGGCUGAUAUUUUAUCAUUAAAGCUCUCAGCUAAAUUAGUUGUAAUAAGCUCUUCUCAUACAAAAGAUCAGCAAGGCUGGGCAACAUCUGACGGUUUGGUGGCCCUAGUUAGGGCUUUAAUAGCAGCUGGAGCUCAAGCAGUUUUAGUGUCUCUUUGGCCAGUUCCAGAAACGGCUACCAAGAUACUUUUGAGGGCCUUCUAUUCGGCAAUGCUUCAAGGUACAAGAGCUGCAAAGGCUCUGAGCGAGGCUAUGCAAACUGUACAACACACCAAGCAUUUUGCACAUCCCGCUAAUUGGGCAGGGUUCGUUCUAAUUGGAUUAAACGUGAGGCUUUCCAAUAAGGUAGCGUUAAUGGGUCAAGCGUUAUGUGAGCUUCUACAAGUUCCAGAAAAAUGUAGAGAUGCCUUAAGGGUUACUUUACAUUUGGUUGAGAAGAGUCUACAGAGGAUUCAUAGGGGGCAGAAGAAUGCUAUGUAUACUACGCAGAAGUCCAUUGAAAAUAAGGUUGGAAACAUAACUGGUUGGAAAGAACUUUUAAUGUCAGUCGGCUUCAGAUUUGAACCUGCCUCUAAUGGUAUACCUAGCAGUGUAUUUUUCCCUCAGUCUGAUCCAGAAGAACGACUUACCCAAUGUUCUGCCAGUUUACAAGCCUUGUUAGGCCUUUCCUCUACAUCUCUUCAAGCCCUUUCAAAACUUACAACGAACCCGGACGUAGCAGAUGAUAUAAUAGCAGUCAUUCAGUUGGCAUUGUCUCACAUCUCUUCAAAAGGUGUUGAUAAUGAAAGCGUUGAGGUGCCACUUAACGUAAGGUUAUGGAGGAUACCAGGUUGUCAUGAACUUCUGGCUUCUUUAGGAUUCGAUUUAUGCGAUGUUGGACAGGACAAAGUGACUCUGCGAACCGGAAAACAAGCGAACAAAAGAAAUAUUCAGUUCACUCUCCAAGCCCUACUAGCCUUAUUUGAUACGCAAGAAGCACCAAAGAGUUUAACAAUCGAUUCCUCUAGUAGUUUAGAGUCUCUUGCGUCCUUGGAUAAUGACUAUUCUCAUUCGGAUAAUGAAAUAUGUCCCACUCCACCGCCUACAACUAAAAUAUUAUCCAAAAGAAUUCUACCGUCGUUUAGUAGAACCGUUUUACCUCACAAACGGCUUGGUGGUGCUUUUACCUCUUAUGUUAGAAGAAGAGGUGAACCCGAUGGACGGACAGCCAAUCCGUCUGAUGCAAAAGUGUUGGUUCCUGAUAUUAAACAAAGAAAAUCUGCAACAUUGGCAAGACCAGGCGGAGGAGAAUCCGAUGCCGCUUUUACCCCAAGUCCCCCAGUUGUUUUACAAAAUGAAAAUUCCAGUAUUGCUUUAUCGUUAGCGCACCAAACAAGAAUCAGGAAUCUGUACUCCCAAAGUGAAGGCAAGCUCGACCCUCUUAGACCAGGUAGCUCUAGUUCAGCAAGUUCCGCAACAGAUUGGGAAAGCGGACAUGCAACCGUACUUAGGCGGCAAACAAACCAAAUGCCACCCCUACCUCCCCCAAGAGGCAGCAAACCCUUAGUAGACCUACCGCUAUACAACAAUCUAACACCGGGUAUAUUUGAAAAUAGUUCGGAUAGUGAACUUGAAAAAAUGGAGGCCAAGAUGUUUCAUAAUAUGAAGUCGAGAGGACCGAUCGCUAUGAAGAAACCCAGAAAUCCUAUGUUUACUAUUGACCGGUUAAGCGGAAGAACAGAGGUAAACCACUCUGCAAGCUCUCUCUUCCAUCCACCACUGCUUUCUGGAAACCGCAAACCAAUUACCCUUCCCAGUGAGGAAACUUUGCCAUCUAACGAACGUUUGCUUUACUUCUCUCCGAACGAAACCGAUGCUUCCGCCACCCUUUCGUCGUUAGUUUCAAUGACUACUGGGUCCGUUGGAGUUCCGAUGGCACCGACUUCCGUUGCUGGUGGAUCUUGCUCUAAAGAAUCCGACAUGGCCGGUGAAAAUUCCGCCAUAUCAGUGGCCGUUAAGUCUGGAAGUGCCGCGACGUUACACGAUACGAUUUUAGCUACGCAGAUGAGGCAUAUUAAUCGAGAAUUGACGCCAACUAUUUCAGAGGUAUACCACGAAAGGAAUAUUGGCUUGGGUUUGGCACCGCCUCUUUCAAAAUUGCUGUUAAAUCAAUCCAGUGGCUCAGCUCCUAAGACUGAUAACACUGUAUUGGAAAAAAUUACGUUAGGCAUUCUUGAUGAUGAAGAUAUUAAUAAAGAAGUAAUUUCGUCUCAAUGUCAACGAUGUAAAACGGAGAGCUGCGCCUGUAAACAAAAACUGACCAAACCGUGGAUGACUGAAAACGCGAGCGCUCUACAGCAAAUUCAAAGUUCAGACUUAACCACGGCCGAUAUUUUAGAGAGAGAAGUUAAAAAUAAAUUGGUACUAAGAUCAGAGAAUCAACGACCAAAAGAAGAUGUGGAACGUAAACGUUUGUCUCCAUUUUCCGAAAUGUCUAGGCGGGACGAAGGAGAUGGCAGAAGUAUUGCUGAUUCGACCUCGUCGAGCUAUAAAAAUACACAAUUCUUAACAUAUCACGGUGCUAAGGACAAAAAGAAUAAACCUAGUGCCAAAAUUCGAACUAUUCCGAAACAAAAAAAGAAUUUGCCAAGUUAGGAAUAAAAGCAAACGAUAGCAUAUUAUUACAGUAUUAAUUUAUUUAUUUUUUUUUUAAAUAUUUUGUAGUUCAUAAUAAAUGUAGCCUAACUUUUUUUAAUGUCAAAUAUUUUAUUAUAUUCCCUAAGACUUUUUAAAAACGUUUUUUGUAAAGAAAAAUAGAGUAUUGAUAUUUAUGUAUAUUUUAAUACAGGUCGCAAGUUUAUUUAUAUGUAGUAUUGUAUAAGCAAAGCGAAAACUGCAUUAAAUGUUA